CGCAGGCGCAGCAGGCCGGGGGGGACGGCGUCGACGUCGCGACGGCAGCGGCGAGCGUCACCAAACGGCAGCGGCCCAUGCUGCGGAUCAGGUGCCCGUACCGCGCACGGAACCCGCGCCGCUUCAACGUGCGCGAGCACCAAGGGUGCGCCAUGACGUACUUCACCCUCAUGUCGGACCUGAGGCAGCACGUGGUCAAGAAGCACGCGCGCGACGACACGUCCAUGUACUCGUGCGCGCGGUGCAACGAGAUCUUUGCAACCAAGUCGGAGCAGGAGACGCACGUCAAGCGGGCCGAGGGGUGCCCGAGCCGGGCGCUAGACCCCGAGGACGGCGUCGACGGCGAGACCAUCAUGCGCAUCCUGGACCGGCACCGCGAGACGACCAAGUCGGGCGGCGAGAUCCUGGUCGAGAAGCAGUGGGCCGAGUUGUGGAUGCUGAUUUUUCAUAAUGACGACCCGUGCGCCAUCCCGUCGUACAAAUACCACGCCGUGAUGGAAGACUGCGAGUUUGCCUUCGAGUGGAAGGGACUCGCACCAAUACUCGCCGACGCGCUGCAGCGGGAGCUCGGGCUAGGCGGGAACGACGAGACAACACAACUGCUACACCGGAUAUUGCUAGAGCACCUAGAAAUGGUAGUCAAGGCGUGUCAGGAGAAGGCGUGCGCCCUGCAGUACGCGAACCGGGCGCGCAUGUCCAACACCACCACCACCAACCACAACCGGCCCGGCGGCGGCGGCGGCGGCCAGCGCCGCAGCGAGGUCAUCUCGGUGCUGCACAGCCUGAUGGGGCAGUUCUCGCCGCGCGACUCGGGCAUCGGCACCGAGACGUCGUCGAACCGCGCGUCCGAGUGGCUGUCGCUGGCCAAUAUGCACGGCGGAAACAACAACAACAGCAACAACAACAACAACAGCGCGCAGUCACCAAUACUACACCGGCCGCCGUCGCAACUGCAGUAUCAACCACACUAUCCCUCUCCGGGAGGCUUCCACGGCGACAGGGCGUCGUUUGCGCCAAUACCGGUGCCGGCGCACGAGGUGGUGCCGCUGACGCCCGAGAACCUGGCGCGCAACGAGGCCGCCGCGAUGAUGGGGAGCGGCGAGACGGCCUACUUCGCGAUACGUGCCGGGCUGGCGAGUCCCUUGGAUGUCGGCCAGCAGUUCCCUUCGCCUAGUAAUGGCGCUGGGUACCCGCCGCCGCCCUAUGUCGUUGGAGGGAACGCUCGCGCUCAACUGUACGGACAGCAGCAGCAGCAGGUGUACCAUGCCGCGCAAGGGUUCGGGCAGCCGGGUGUGGGCCAGCAGCCGCGGCUGCAUAUACUCGACGAGGCGCAGGCGGUGCAGUUCUCUGCCGGCGCAGCAGGCAACAGCAGCGGCAGUAGGGACAGCUAUGGGAGCUAUUCGGCGCGGUACUCGCGCUCGCAGCACCCGCCUGCACCAGCACAAUCACAACAUUUCCUUUCGCAACAACAGCAGCAGCAGCAGCAGUAUCAUGCUGCGGCAAACUUCGGGUUCGGUGGCCAGGGCGUGCAUGCGACGGCGCUGCCGCAUGCCGGGGGGCAUAGUAUGCCGUUGGUUGAGAGCGGGUUUGCUGCCGCCGUGCCCGGCGUGGUCUGCACGGGGAACCCCAACAUGAUCUGAGUUGUGGACAUUACAAGCAGUGUAAUUAAAAACGCUCUUCUCGUACCUUACGUGGGGAGUAAUACUUAAUAAUGCAUGGGCAUGAUGGGCCCUUCUUACUCGCGCAUGGCAAUGGGCAGGCAGGUGAUGACCGGCGGGAUCCGCAUGUAGUGGCAGUCGAUAUUAGACAUGCCUCGCCUAAUUAAUGAUCGCCUAAU